AUGUUUUUCUCAGGCCUUUUAGAGAGUCUAAAUAAUGGCGGUAGUUUGAUAGUGGCGGAAGGUUAUCUGUUUGAAUUUGAGAGAAGAGGUUAUCUUAAAGCUGGUUCGUUUGUACCUGAAGUUGUUAUAGAUCAUCCACAUCUAGUUCGCAAUCUUCAUGAAGAAUUUGUUCAUGCCGGAAGUGAUGUGGUGUUGGCUUUUACGUAUUAUGGCCACCGUGAAAAGAUGAGGUUAAUUGGUAAAGAACAUCUGUUGGAACAACUCAAUGUUGAUGCUUUAAAAAUUGCGCGUGAUGUAGCAGACAGGACAGGGACUUUAAUGGCGGGAAAUAUUUGCAAUACAACUAUAUAUGAAGCUGGAAAUCCCGAUGCUCAAGGAAAAACCAAGGCCAUAUUCAAGGAACAGAUAGAGUGGGCUGUCCAGUAUGGUGCUGAUUUUAUUGUAGCGGAAACAUUUAGUGAUUACAGUGAAGCCGAUCUAGCUUUACAAUGUAUUAAACAAUACGGUAAUGGUCUACCAUCAGUGGUAAUGUUAGCUCCACAGACAACAAACACAACCCAUGAUGGUCUACCAUAUGCUGAGGCUUGUCGGAAGCUGGAAUUAGCUGGAGCGGAUGUAGUUGGGUUAAAUUGUCAUCGUGGUCCGACAACGAUGUUACCACUAUUGCGUGAAAUAAGAAAGGCUUGCAAGUGCCCAAUAGCUGCUUUGCCCGUCCCUUAUCGAACUACUACAGAGAACGCUACGAUGCAGUCACUUAAAGAUCCCGAAACAGGUAAACGAUCGUUUCCCAUUGAUCUACCAGCACAGUUAUGUAGUAGAACCCAGAUAGAAGAAUUUGCUAAAGAAGCUAAAGAGAUCGGUAUUCAGUAUGUUGGGCUAUGCUGUGGCAACUCAUCCCAUUUCCAACGUAUUGUAGCAGAGGUGUACGGGCGAAAGCCACCUUCCAGCAAGUUUUCUCCAGAUAUGUCACAGCAUUAUGUCUUUGGGAAUAAGUCUAACUUCAGUUUAUAUAACCAAAAGGGUUUACUGGAAACGGUCAGCCAGAAUAACGCGGAAUAA